CGCUGCCGGGGCUCGCCGAGCCGCCUCUGGUGCACACACACGUACAUUGUCCGAGCGAGCCGCCGCAGCGAGAGAGCGCCCCGGGGCUCGGUGCCAAUGCGGGGUGGGCGCUGCAAGCCGGGGGCUUCUCCACCACCCCGGUGGAAAGUUCACCUUCGCCUGGGCCCGCCGCACCAUUGAUCCAGAGCGGCCGCCGCCGGGGAGGGAGGCAGGAUCUGCGGCUCUGGCCGGGAGGGGGGAUUUUUUUUAAUUUUUCCUUUUCCCUCCAAACUUUGUGUGCGCGCCUCCCGCAGAAGCCCCCUGCCCCCACCGAGGAUUUGCCUCUCCCCCGCUCUCUGCCGUGCAAGGAAAGCCGCCGGGGCGGGCGUGAGCGCUGCAUUUACACUUGUGGCCUGAACUCAGAAGGACAGAAAUUCAAAAUAAUUGUGGAGAGGAAGAAGUUAGAUUCUUCAAACUUCAAGUUUAAAAAAAGCAAAACAGGGGGAGUUGAGCCAUCCCCGACAACGAGGGGUCCACCACUUUCUACAGGGCCAGAGUGGCCAUCAACAGGGUAGUCUUUAAUGGACCAGUAAGGAGAGGUCUGUCCAAUUGGUUUCUGGAAUUUGGAAGGUGCCUAAAAGGAGACUGCAAGUGAGAGCAGCAGAGGUGCUGGCACCUGGUGAACAAAGAAGUUGGCACUGAGCACACCAGUGCUGGUGUUGGUGCUGCUGGAGACCCUGAGCUGGGAUCAGCGGGAAGAUGACUGAGUAUAAGCUGGUGGUGGUUGGAGCAGGUGGCGUUGGGAAGAGCGCUUUGACAAUACAGCUCAUUCAGAACCAUUUUGUUGAUGAAUAUGACCCCACGAUAGAGGAUUCCUACAGAAAGCAGGUAGUCAUUGACGGAGAGACCUGUCUGUUAGACAUCUUGGACACGGCGGGUCAAGAGGAGUACAGCGCCAUGCGAGACCAAUACAUGCGGACGGGAGAGGGCUUCCUGUGCGUCUUCGCCAUUAACAAUACGAAAUCCUUUGAAGAUAUUCACCAGUACCGAGAGCAGAUCAAGAGAGUGAAGGAUUCAGACGAUGUCCCCAUGGUGCUGGUGGGAAACAAGUGUGACCUUCCAGCCCGGACAGUGGAAACCCGGCAAGCACAGGACCUGGCCAGGAAUUAUGGGAUCCCCUACAUAGAGACAUCAGCGAAAACCAGACAGGGUGUUGAAGACGCCUUCUAUACCUUAGUGCGGGAGAUCCGGCAGCACAAACUACGCAAGCUGAAUCCACCGGAUGAAAGUGGCCCAGGCUGCAUGAAUUGUAAAUGUGUGAUAUCAUGACCAAGUUGACCGGACCGUGACUUGGAGGGUUUUCCACUGUGCGGAGCACGCGGACAGAGGUGAAACAAAAGCAGCAGCAAACGGAUUCAGGGGAGGAGUAUGGGGGAGGAGGGAGACCAGGAGGAGGGUAUCUUGAGCCCUGCACGGACUGUCUCAAACUUCAUCAAGGCCUGUGACAAGCGACUUUUUUCCCCCCUCCCCGUCUCCUUUUGCCUCCUCCUCUCCCAGCAACUGUACAAAGCCACAGAUUGAAUCACAGUAAAUUAUUAUUUGAUGGUCUCCACAAA